AUGCGACCGUCUCUGAGACUUCUGGCUUCCGUAUCCCGCAGCCAGCCCUCGAAGCUCAGAAAGCCAACCGUUAGCCUCGAUCAUUUCAUCCAAAGGCAACGAGUCAUUUCUCUAUGGCGUGAUAUUGUGCGAGCGCUCAAUAAAAUACCCAGCUCGUCCACCAAGGAUGAACUGCACAGAUAUGCUCGUGGGGAGUUUGAGCGUAAUAGAAACGUUACAGAUUUGCAACAUAUUCGUUAUCUUAUCUCGACCGGAAAGUCCGAGUUCGAUAUGAUGAGGCGGUAUAUUGACGAGCAGGUUGUCGGCUAA